AUGGCCGAGACUGACGCUAAGGAGCAGGUCCAUGACCUCGCUGCCGUCGAAUCCAACCAUGUGGGCGAGUCUGAGCAAUCAAAUGAACUCCGCCGUGAAUUCAAGCCUCACCAAGUGUUCAUGUUCUCGAUUGCUUGCGCAAUUGGCACAGGCUUAAUCAUCGGCUCGGGUACUGCCCUUUCCAGGGGUGGACCUGGGAGUAUCUUGAUUGCGUACCUAAUGAUCGGUGCAACGGUGUUUUUCGUCAUGACUGCCUUGGGAGAAAUGGCUGCUUUCCUUCCCAUGAACAAAGGAUUUGGCGGAUACGCAAGCCGGAUGGUCGAUCCAGCCUUCGGGUUUGCGACCGGUUGGAACUAUUAUUUCAAGUACAUCAUCGCUACUCCAGCUAACCUGACGGCCGCUGGGCUGAUCAUCCAAUAUUGGAGACCUGACCUCAAUGUUGCGAUCUGGAUCACCAUUUUUGGAAUUGCAAUUGUUGUCGUCAACGUGAUGCAUGUCAACAGUUUCGGCGAAACCGAGUUUUGGCUUGGCUUCGCAAAAGUCCUGAUCAUGACAACCUUGAUUCUCUCCACCUUCGUCUGCGCCAUGGGCGGCGGCCCCAACCACGAACGAUCCGGAUUCAAAUAUUGGAAUGAGCCAGGCGCCUUUGCCGAGUACUUGGCGGAGGGCGCAACAGGUCGCUUUCUUGGGUUCUGGGCCUGUAUUUGCCAGGCAUGUUUCGCUUUCACCGGUACUGAGGUUGUGGGUAUGACAUUCGGUGAAACCCCGAACCCACGAAAGAACAUCCCUCGGGCAAUUAAGCAGACCUUCUGGCGGAUUGGAGUCUUUUACAUUCUUGGCGUUCUCGUCUUGGGGAUGGCUGUGCCAUACAACAGCGAGAAACUGAUCGGAGCGACGAAGCAGGCGACAAGCGGAGCUGCAUCGCCUUUUGUUGUUGCCGUUAGUUUGGCUGGCAUUGGCGUCUUCCCUGACAUCAUCAACGGGUCUCUGCUCAUCUUCACACUCAGCGCAGCAAGCUCAGAUAUCUACUGUGCUUCUAGAUCACUCUACGGACUCGCCAAAGACGGACAAGCGCCUGCUAUCUUCGCCAAAGCGCGCAAGAAUGGUAACCCCAUUUACGCUGUCGGCGCUGCGGCAAUCUUCAUUCUCCUGGCUUACAUGAAUGCCGUGAAGUCGUCCUCAACGGUCUUUGGUUACCUUGUUAGCUUGGUCACCGUCUUCGCUGUGCUUAACUGGGUUGCGCUCCUGGUGUCUCACAUUUGUUUCCGAAAUGCACUCAAGGCUCAGAACAUUUCACUUAACGACCUUCCCUAUGUCGGCAAGUUCCAGCCAUGGGGCUCUUAUUACGCCUUAUUCAUGUCCGUGCUGGUGAUCAUUUUCAACGGCUACGAUGCGUUUAUCCCUCACUUCAAGCCGGACGUCUUCGUUCUCAAGUAUCUCGGAAGCUUUCUCUUCGUUGGAAAUAUCACCUGGUGGAAGAUUUACAAGGGAACAACCAAGAUUGCGCCCGAAGCGGUGGAUUUGGUUUCCGGAAGGAGGGAAUUCGAGGAGGCGGAGAGCACUCAAGAUUCGCGUUGGAAUGGGAGCUUUUGGAAGGAUACCAUUAGCAAGUUGCGACGCUGA